UACGACCCAAGGACCUUAUAAGGCGUUUGUAUUUCCUGAGCCAUCUCCUCUGUCGUCGCGACAAAAAGUACCGGUAAUCAUGUCGGAGUCCCUGGCAGCAGUCCCCGAUGUGGAGAUUGAUCCAGAGGGAACUUUCAAGUACAUUUUAGUGAACGUGAAAAACGGUGAUGUCAGCAAAAACAUUGUUCGCGGUACCAAGAGUGCCGAGUACCACAAUCAUAUUUUUGAGAAAGUCAAGCCAGCCGUGGAGGCCUUGGGCAUGGAGUGUCAAUGCCUUGGUGGAGGGAAGAUAGAGCACAAGAGUCACGAGAAAAAAAUAAGGGUGUUCGGAGAGUCCACUGGUUUUGGUAAAGCGGACCACUCCAUUUCAGUCGAAAAGUUGAAGAGCGUCUUCAGCGACUACGAGAUCACCUGGAGUGACGACAAAAAAUAAUUUCACAUUUCUUCACGUUUGCUAUCCAGAAGUCAAACUCUGUAUUUGUGUUUUUAUGU